CUGACUCUCACUGAGCCUCAGGAGGCAACCGGCUCCCCUUCUUCUUCUCCUUCUUCUCCUCCUUCUUCCUCUUCUCCUCGUCUUCCUCGUGGGUUCAUUUGAGCUCCACUGCUGCUCCUGUGCAGUUUUCUCAGCUUUCCCUCUUGGCAGUCGCACCGUGUGACUCGACGAACAGCUGCUGGAUGUCCUGGAGCUUCUAGAGAUCCAAGGGAAGAAAAACCUGCCGGAAGCGUGAGGCACAGGGUGUGUGUGUGUGUGUGUGUGUGUGUGAGGGGAGGAGGGGGGGUAGGGGGGUGCUGAACCCAGCAGCAUCGACUGAAGAGCGCUCGGCUUCCUGUGUGUGAACUGAAGAGGGAGAUCAUGUCCGCCAUACAGACCUGGGCCUGUUUCCUCCUCUGGAUCGGCUUCGCCACGCAGGACAAGAUGCCAGACGUCAUCGUGACGUGCCUCGUCUCGGAGGAGUGCCUGCUGCCCUGCAGCUUCCAGCCGGGCAGCAAGGAGACCAUCGAGUGGUUCAGACAAGAAGUGAUGGUGUACAAGUUGGAGCGGGAAGACGGCGGUGAAGAUGGCGGCGGUGAAGAUGGCGGCGGUGAAGAUGGCGGCGGCGGCGGCGGCGGCGGCGGCGACAGCAUCAGCAGCAGCAGCAGCAGCAGCGAGGAGGAGGAGCCCUUUGAGCACGAGCACUUCGCCGGCCGUGCCUCCGUUUCACGGCAGUGGAUUUCCCGCGGAAACGCCACGCUGAUCCUCAGGAGGAGCGGCCUGAAGGACAGAGGCACCUACAGGUGUCACGUGCUCACCUUGCAGGGCGAACACAACGCCAAGGUCAUCGUGAAGGUGGCAGCACCCAUCCAAGGCCUCUCUCUGGAGCUGUCCCGGCUGAGCGGCUACGAGGAGAUGAAGUGCACCGCCCACGGCGUCUUCCCGGCGCCGCGGGUCACCUGGGCGACCGAGCCGCCCACCUUCGUGGACCUGCGGCCGGUAACGCGCAUGAUGGCCGACAAACAGGGUCUGUACGCGGUGGACAGCCGCCUCAAGAGGCUCAACGGGCAACCCAACCUCAUCUACAUCUGCAAGAUCACGACCUCCUACGGGGGUUCGGCCUGGACCUCCUCGCUCAGGGAGAGAGUCAUACGAGGAGCGGAAGGGAAAGACCUGACCAUCCCCUGCUACGCGCCUUCUUACCUGAACGCACCUUUCCUCAACUGGAGCUUCUCCAACGGCAAAGACUCCUCCCACAUCCUCACCUACGACAGCCGGUCGGGGGACAGCGUCUCCUCGCCGACGUGGGCCGACCACGUGGAGCUGGACGGCUUCCGGGUCCCGUUCGGGGACGGCUCCCUGCGGCUGAUGGACCCGAUGCCCGCGGAGCACACGGGCAUCUACACCUGCGUGUUCUCGCUGCCGCACAACGCGCACACCGAGCGCAGCGACGUCACCAUCGACGACCCCGCCGGGGGGCGGAGCACUUCGGAGGAGCCGUCUUAUUGGUGGACGGUCGGGCUGGUGGUGGCGGUGCUGGUGGUCGCUGUGGUCGGCGUGCUGGUCUACCUGAAGCUGAAAGGAGGCGCCGCGAAGCCCAGAAACGACCCCGAGGAGGCGACGGAGCUGCACCGGGUCAAAGGCUCGACGGCCGACCUGAGCGAGAGCAGCCCGCUGGCGGUCGGGGGCGCCAACAGACAAUCGGGGCUCCAGACGGCGCUCAGUUAACCCGGAAACUAACAACGGCACCAACGGA